ACACAGUCUUAUUUAUUCUGCUUUCUCCAGUCUCCUACUCCUUCAAUCCCUCCACCACUUUUACAAUUUUCAAAGGUCUUUCGAAACCCUAAAACGAUAAAUUUGCUCACCAAAGAAGUACAAAUGGCGUGGAGAAGCCAAUUAUCUCGCAAUCUCAAAGAACUACGGAUUUUGUUUUGCCAAAGAUCUCCUUCCAGUGCCCCCGCCAGAUCAUUCGUGGAGAAUAAUUACAAGGAUCUCAAGACUUUAAACCCUAAACUUCCAAUCCUCAUCCGCGAAUGCAGUGGGGUUGAGCCCCAAAUGUGGGCUAGAUAUGAUAUGGGUGUCGAGAGAGGCAUUCGCUUGCAAGGUUUGAGCGAGCCUCAGAUUUUGAAGGCACUAGAAGACCUUGCUAAAGCAGGGGCAUCCACCAAGGCCUAAUCAUAUUGCUGCUCUUAAAUCCAAAAGGUCGGAAAUAAAACUCAGGUCUUUCCAAAAACUGUUUCCUUUUUAUGUUUGUUGGGUUCCUUCCAUUUUCAGACAUCAUAACUGAUAUUGUAAGAUGAUUAUUGUUGAAGGUUUCAGUAUUUGAUUACUUGUCUUGCCUUUUAA